AUGCGUACCGAGACGAAGAAGAAGAAGAAGGAAACGACCGUAGCGUGGCUGCAGGUGCUGUCGCGGGACGCGGAGAAGCCGCAUGCCGCCGUUGCACACGCGCACGUGCCGUCGGCGUGGUGGCACGGACCGGCGGCGACGACGCCGGGCAACAGCACGCUGCGGCGAAAGUCGCCUUCAGCCGACGACGACGACGACGACGACGACGAGGACAAGCUGCACCGCCGCAAGUCACGUCGUGUCAGCGAUGACCACGACGACUGGCGCGAAACCGCUCCCAGCCCGUCGAGCGUGGCCACCAGCGAAGAUGACGACGACGACGACGCGCCGAGCCCUUUGUCGAGUGUGGCGACAAGCGACGACGCGCCGAGCCUUAGCACCGCCACUGACACGAGCUAUGAUGACGACGACGACAGCACCAGCUCGGCGCCACCGUCUGACGACGACGACGCGGUCGCAUCGCUGCGUAUCACGCUGUACAGCAACGACAGGAUGGUGCCCGAGGCCGGGGCCGCGCAGGCAAGCUCGACUACCCCGCCCGGCUGCGCAGAGCUCGGCGCCGCUUGCGCGCGCUGCGCUGCCGAACGCGCCGCCCUCCACGCCGUGCUGGACGCAGCCGACGCGCGCGCUGUCCGUGCCCAGGCGGUCGCGGACAAGCUGCACGCCCAGCUGGGCGGCACGCUGCGCCUGCUUGACCAGGAGCGCGCGGCGGCGCGGGCGGCGGCUGGGAGCCUGUACGGACGGAUCGCCAGCCUUGAGCGCGCGCUACGCGCCGCGCGGGGCGAGGGCGAGGUGGUCCGGUCGAGGUCGUAG